GCGCGGCAGCGGCGGGCCGGCUGUGCGCCCGGGAGCGGCUCGUGCGCGGCCGCUCCUUCACGGCCCUGCCGCGGGACGGGAGGCGCUUGCCCACGGCCCCGGUCUCCGAGGCAGCCGGCUGUGCCCCCAGCCCCACUGGGAGCCGGUUGGGCUCCCGCCCCCGAGGGAGCAGGCUGUGUCCCCGGCCGCGCCGGGAGCCGUGAGCCCAGAAGAGCUGCAAAUGCUGUCCUGUGGAGAACCCACUGACUGUGGUCAGCUGGUGCUUAGCCAGUAACCUGUGAUAGCACCAGGUGAAUCUCAGCACUGACAGAUCAGUAGGUGGCAACAAGGAACGGGUGUGGAAGCCAGAAACUUCACCACAAUGAGAUGCCUCACCCAUCCACUGCUCAGGAAGUUGUUGAGCCUCCCACCUCAGUGUGUGCCAGGGCGAGGGACUCCAAGUAAAGGUGCUGUGCUCUGUCCAAAGCCAUUGUUUCUGAAGCAGAGCUGCAGUGCAGGACCUGGGCUCGUGACUGCCACUGAUAUGGUCAACUAUUGGCAGAAGGUGUUUGAGACAAAUGGGAUCCCUGAAGCACAGGAAUCCAGUCAAUAUAUUGUGUCAUUUGUCCUGGGAGCAAAAACAUUUCAGAGUCUGGAUUCCAAAAGCCUCCACACUCCACUUACAGCACUGCAGCAGGAGCAAAUCCAGCAGCUGAGCCACAAGCGGCUACAAAGGAUGCCUGUGCAGUACGUGCUUGGAGAGUGGGACUUCCAGGAGCUGACCCUGAAGAUGAGACCCCCAGUGUUUAUUCCACGGCCUGAAACAGAGGACCUUGUCUCUUUAGUUGUGGAGGAAGAAUUUCAGAAAUGUGAGAAUUCAGCCCUCUGUUUCCCAGCUCCUGUUCCUCAUCCUGUGAUCCUGGAAAUUGGCUGUGGCUCUGGAGCAAUUGCUCUGAGUCUGCUCUGUAAACUGCCACAGAGCAGAGUCAUAGCCAUGGACAAAGAGGAGGCUGCUGUGAAUCUCACCAGGGAGAAUGCAUACAGGUUGCAACUCCAAGAAAGGAUUCACAUCAUCCACCAAGAUGUUUCACACAGUAACUCUUUUCACUCUUAUAGUCCCCUUUGUCUUUUUCCCUUUUUGUCUUUGAUGGGUGGAGGGAGGCAUGAGAGACAGUUUCUUGGGGAGGAUCUUGACACUGAGCUUAUAGGGAAGAUGCUGUCGUUGAGAGCUGUUUGUGAUUCUUUUUCUUUUCUAGGUUCUGCCAAACAGCUGUUGCUCUGGGGCCCCAUAGAUGUCAUAGUCAGUAACCCCCCAUAUGUUUUCCAUGAAGACAUGGCUUCCUUGGAUGCAGAAAUCCUCUGCUAUGAGGAUCUUGAUGCCCUGGAUGGGGGAGAUGAUGGCAUGAGAGUCAUCAAAACAAUUCUGGCUUUGGCUCCUUCUCUUCUGAAGGUUUCUGGGAGCGUGUUCCUGGAAGUUGAUCCCAGGCAUCCAAAUAUGGUGGAGCACUGGCUACAGGCCCACCCAGAAUUACUGCUCACCCUCCGUGCCAUUCACAAGGACUUUUGUGGCAAGCCUAGGUUUCUGCACAUCCAGAAACAAAGCAGCUGACAACUGUCAGACAUAACUCUCCUUGCAGGAUGCUCUUUGCUCUUGAGCCCAGCUGAACAGCUGGUUGAAAACUCCUUCUGCCUUGUGAAAGUAAUCUCCAUUCCCCGGAGUGUUGGACUUUUCAUGCAGUGACAGACCCCUCAUAUCCUAACACAGACCUCGUCCAGAAAAGCAGAAGUUCAGCUGAGCAUGUGGAAGUGUUUCACCUUCCUCAGGGAACUGCAUGAAACAUUUUAGUCUGCUCUGCUAAAGUGACUCAAUCAUCUCAGGACCUAAGAUAGAAGAGUUCACAGCUCCAGAUUAAAAAUACAACUUCUCAACAUGCCAAAUCACCCAUUUGGCCUAGAAAGAAUUUAAUUGUAUUUUUUUAAUUGGCCUUGAGAUACAUUUAUAUAAAAUGUGACCAGAUGGGGUGAUAAGCUCAAGUCCUGGCAUAUACUGGCACAUGGAUUUGCAGGUAUAACAGGACGUAACUGUUGUGCACAUUUCAAAUGCAGUUCUGUUCCAGGAUCCUGAUGCUCCAAUAGCAAAGCAGCCUUUGUUUCCCACUCCUGCUGAAUGAUUGUCUCUGAAGGAUCAGUGCACAUGUUACAGCACCUGAAUUUACAGCCUUUGACAUUUGGUGGAUGCUGCCAGAAACGGUCACCACAUUGUAAUAAAGACAGUGCUUCAGACUAGGGUCCUUAAAAGAAUUUCACUGCAACUGUUCAGAGAUGCUGGCAGACCUGAAUAAAUAUCUGGCACCCACACAUUGCUCUGAUAAUAAUAGAAGUGCCUAAAUUCCACAUGAGAUAUUUAAUUGCAACACUUUAAAGAGAAGGCCAGAGUCGCUACUCUGCUUUUGCAGAUGGAGAAGUUGAAAAACGAGGUGAAAUGACCUGCACAAAGUUUGACAAGCUGAGUUUGGAGUAGGACCCAGUCUCUGGACAGGCGUGGGAGUAGCUGAGGUCUGUCUCUUUGGGAAGGAUGACUCAGACUAGGCCUGCCUGAAACAGCUCUGAGAGAAGUCCCUAAAGUGGGCAGUCAACAUCAUGUCAGUGUAAAUAAUGGCAGGAUUAAAUUCAAGCUGCCGCUUGCUGGUGCUGCUGUUUCCAGUGGUGGAGGUUCCCUUCUGGACCAUAGCUAGCCAGGGAAGGAAAGAAAGCAAGCCAAGGAAAGGGUCUGCUCUGCCAGUCCAGAUGGAAGCAGUUGCUGGGCCAGUGGAGGUGAGCUCUCAGGAGGGGUGGGAGCAUCCAGACAGGGCCCUGCUCUGUGUGUGCCAGAGAGGAGCUCUCAGGCUCUGUCCAGGCUGACCUGGGGCUGCACAGCCAGGAGCAUCAGGAAGGAGAUGCAGCAGCAAACUGAGUCUGUUGGAAGGCUGCAGCAGGUUCACAGGGUGUGUUACAUGAGCCCUGAUACAUCUGUUCCCUUUCCCCUCUGCCUCUCCCACACUCUCACUCCUCAGAUGAGUUUUGCCCAUCCCCUUCACUCCUGAACAUUGGCUCUGCUUUCCCAGAGACACCUGAGCUCUCUCUGAUGAACCAGUGCUUGGGUUCCAGCUGGAGCCUUUCCCUACUCACAGCUCUGUUCACAGACUUGCCUUUCACCCAUUGUAAUCUCACAUUACAUUUAUCCACUCCAGUAGUUUAUCAUGUCCUGUACACUCUCUACUUGAAUUUUUGUGUCUUCUCUGGCCUGCAGUACCUUCCCUGGUUAAACACAGUAGAAGAAAUCUAGGGAGAGAACAAAAAUAGGUCACUUAAAGUGCACUUGAGCAUAAGUUUGGAAAUACCAUUUCAGUACAGCUGAUUUCUGGCCUCCUAGAGCUGUGAGUACAAAGUACAGUCAAAGUGUAUUUUGUGUGGUUGUGGCUUUUUUUCCAAUAGUAAUUUAGGGGUAUUAAGUUCAGUUUGUCAGACUCUGUUUAAAAAUUAAAUUUAAAGAAAUGAGUUCUCAGA